AAUUGAUAAUCUUAAGACAAACUUUUCCCGUAAGUGCUAGUGACAGAUCUAAAUUAGUCCAGCUGGUGACAAGAUCAAUGAAAUGUCUAGAACUUAUAAAUAACCUGACGUCAUAUCUGAAGGUGAUUUCCCAUAAAUAUUUCGGUGCUUCAAUUCCACCUGAAAACGAACCAUUUGAAAACUUGACUAUCACACAAAUGGCCGAGACGAGCGUAACGAUAAGGAAAGACUCACCCCGGAAGAAAAAGUCACACUCCUCCAUGUCUGCCUCUUUCUCGGAAUGCCAGAGUCCAGCCUCGGACGCUGGGAUGACCAUGGCGUCCUCCAGGAUCGACAAUGACGGCGAGGAGGCAGCGGAUUAUCAGAUCGUAGCCGCCAUUGACUUCGGGACCACCUUCAGCGGAUACGCCUACAGCUUCGCCUCGAAUAAGCAAGCCAUUCACGUGAACAAGAACUGGGGACAAACACAAGGUUUUCUCCUCCACAAAACACCCACGUGCCUACUACUCAAGUCUGACGGCCAGUUUGAAGCGUUUGGGUUCGAGGCUGUUUCCAAAUACAAUGAGCUGUGCGAGGAUGAAGCUUGCUCCUAUUAUUAUUUUGACAGAUUUAAAAUGAAACUCUACAACAAUAAAGAGCUAAGCACAGACAUCACCAUCACAGACGCCAACGGGAAGUCGCAACCAGCUGUUGACGUGUUCGCUCACUCUCUCACCUUCAUGAAGAAACAUUUGCUGAGAGCCAUUGGAGCCCACCUGGGGUACGAUCCUCAUCCAGACACAGUCCGGUGGGUGCUGACAGUGCCUGCUAUCUGGGACGAGAACGCCAAACAGUUUAUGAGAGAAGCGGCUCAUAAGGGAGGUCUCAUUGAUAAACCAAACAGCGAACAACUGGUCAUUGCUCUGGAACCUGAAGCUGCCUCACUUCAUUGUCGAAAUCUUCCAGCUACAGAUUUUGUAGGCUACAAAGACAGCACGCUGUCCAAGCCCAGCUUUGAACCAGGGACCAAAUAUUUAGUUGUGGAUGCUGGAGGUGGUACUAUCGAUUGUGUAGCCCACAAAAUACGCAAAGAUGGGAGAAUACGAGAACUCUUCAGAGCGACAGGUGGCGCUUGGGGAGGAACCAUCAUCGACAAACAAUUUCAAAGUCUCCUGGAGAGCAUCUUUGGGGUGGAGUUUAUUGCAGCCUUCAUGAAAGAGUACCCUAAAGACUUUGUUGAACUUCUUCAGGACUUUGAGAUAAAGAAACGGGGAGAGUGUGAUAGCAUUCGCGUGUCGCUACCUUACAACUUCUGCAAUUACAAGCACAAUGGCGUCUCCGUGCAACAAGCUAUCAAGAGAUUCUCCUCAGAACAAGGGAGUAGCGACAUCAAGUUCUCGUCAGGAAAGCUUGUCCUCUCGUCAACACAGGUCAACAUCUUGUUCAAAGAUGCUCUGGAUCAAAUCAACGAUCACGUUCAAACUCUCCUCCACAAGCCGAAGUGUAAAGACCUGCACAAUAUUUUUCUUGUUGGCGGGUUCGCUGAAUCGCAACGUCUGCAGAGCUCGCUCAGAGAAAAAUUUGGAGAGCGCGUGACAAUCUUAGUACCGGAAGAAGCCAGUUUGUCUGUUGUGAAAGGUGCGGUGGCUUUUGGCCACGAUCCCAGCGCCAUCUGCCAGAGAAUUUGUCGAUUCACUUAUGGCGUGGGGAGUUACCUUCCCUUUGAAGAGGGCGUUCACCGUGAUGACCUCCGUGUCAACUCAGACGGCAUGGAUUUGUGCAAACACAUUUUCCAGACGUGGGCAGAAGCGGGCGAGGUCAUAGGUCACAACGAGAUUUGGCGAGAAACGUAUACGCCAAUCAUUAACAAUCAGAAAGGUAUUAUCUUCGAAUUCUUCCGGUCCUCUAGCAAGAAGGUGCAGUACACGGAUGAGCCGGGGGUCGAAAAGUGUGGCUUUCUCGUAGUUGAGAUGCCGGACCCCACAGGAGGAAGAGACCGUGCGGUGGAUCUGGAGGUGAUCUUUGGAGGGACUGAGAUUAAAGUGGUGGGCUACGAUCACACCAGUACAACGAGGCACGAAACUUAUAUUGACUUUUUGUCAACUUAAUUUGAAGAUUCCUUCCCAAGUUUUGUGCAAAUAGAAUAUUUUUUGUCAAUUGAUCUACCAAUUACCUCUGUUAAAUAGGACUAAUAUGGAUUUCAUUUUUAAAAGGUUAUUCCUAUUUUAAAUACGGGGAUUAGGCCUGUCUGUAAGGAAUUUGUUUGUUUGCUUAGAUCUCUCCUGAAAAAAAAAAGAAAUUUUUUUUCCCAGAUACCCCUCUCCCCCUCACCAAAACAAAAAUAAAUAAAAUUUGGACAAUAACGCACUGAACAGCUUGCUAUGAAAAAAUGUCUGUAAAAUGUUUGACAUGUUUCAGAUGUUCCUUUAGAGUGAAGAUAGUUUACUUUCUAGUCCAAACCUCCCGCAUGACGACGGGGGAUGGGAGCGGGCAGGGAUUGAACCCGAGACCAUCGAUAAACCACACGACCAGGCAGCCAUCCAAAGAUGCUCUUUAGAGUCUAUACAAAUGAAAUUAAAAAAAAAAACUGUUUAAUAUAUGACUUACUUAUAAUAAUAAUAAUUUAAUUUAUAGAGCGCUGUUAACAAACAAAAUGUAGGCUCAAUGCGCUGUGAUAACAUUACUAACAUAAACACGAGAGCUAAAAUGACAAUCUAAUCUAAAAAUGUUGUAAACAGGUGGGUCUUAAUGUUCUCCUUAAAAGUAGUGUGCAUGUUGUCUGCCUGAGAUCAAUGGGGAGUGAGUUCUAAACUUUUGGUCUGUGCACUGAAAAAAGCCCUCAGACCGUAGCUUUUGAGGGAGAAACGUGGCACCACUAGAAGCGUCCAUUGAGCGCAGGCCUCUCUGAGGGACAUGUGGAGUGAUCAGAAGAAAGACACUUGCAGUAGCUCAGUCAAGAUAGUACAUAAAAUGCUAAAUGUUAUAAACUCACAUUUAAGUCUAGAUGGCCAGGUAGUUUUAAGUAAAGAUGGCCAGAUAUAACCACAGUUAGAACAUGGAAGAGUUUAUUAUUGUGCUAUGUCAUUAGCUGAUAUUCUUUGGCUUUUUUAUGGUCAACUGACAACAAUGUUUUUUUUUUCAAAUGUAUAUAAGUUAAUGUAGUGUUCUAAAUGAUUCGGAUUACUUGGUUUCAUAGAUUGCUUGAAUUCAUUCACUUCGAAUGCAUGGCAUUUAGGCAUUAGGCCUAUUGGAAAUGAAUGGUAUUACAGGCUUUUACUAUUUCACCCUAACAACUGCUUAAAAUAUCCAUUUCAUAUUUGUAACAGUCACGUAUUGUUCUACCUACAUAGACAAACGAAAGACUGAAAAUAUUCGUUCAUAAUAUUAUUUGUAAAAUAUAUGUUUUUAUGCUUAUGCUAUAAAUUGAAUUUAGCAUUGGAUAUUAGUAAGAUAGUACAAUACAUAGGCCUGAUUUGUGUAUUACUCUAUUACAUAGGCCUGAUUUGUGUAUACUCUAUUACAUAGGCCUGAUUUGUGUAUACUCUAUUACAUAGGCCUGAUUUGUGUAUCAUUCUGUUACAUAGGCCUGAUUUGUGUAUCAUUCUAUUACAUAGGCCUGAUUUGUGUAUCAUUCUAUUACAUAGGCCUGAUUUAUGUUUACUCUAUUACAUAGGCCUGAUUUGUGUAUCAUUCUAUUACAUAGGCCUGAUUCAUGUUUAUCAUAUUACAUAGGCCUGAUUUAUGUUUAUCAUAUUACAUAGGCCUGAUUUGUGUAUCAUUCUAUUACAUAGGCCUGAUUUAUGUUUAUCAUAUUACAUAGGCCUGAUUUGUGUAUCAUUCUAUUACAUAGGCCUGAUUUAUGUUUAUCAUAUUACAUAGGCCUGAUUUGUGUAUCAUUCUAUUACAUAGGCCUGAUUCAUGUUUAUCAUAUUACAUAGGCCUGAUUUGUGUAUCAUUCUAUUACAUAGGCCUGAUUCAUGUUUAUCAUAUUACAUAGGCCUGAUUUGUGUAUUAUUCUAUUACAUAGGCCUGUAUGUUUGUAACAUUGCACUGCUUUCAUUAUGAAUAUUUAUGCCCAUCAUAGAGCUGUUUGUACAUUAUUGUUUCUAUUUUUGAUGUUGAAGCGUAUCUUUGAUUUGUAAUUGAAAAUGAAUAUUUCUUCUUUUUAACAGAUGUGGUGUAAUGACGUUUCGUUGUAUUGGCGUUAUGUCCAUCGAUGUUUAUUCAUACAAUCAAAUAAUCAAUAGACAAUACAUGUAAUCCAUGUAUUUAUGUUAAAUUUGUUGCUUAGCCUUUUUUUUCUAAUUGUGUAAGGGGAGACAAGCUUGUCUUUAGCUUUCAAAAGUUAAUCUGAGGUGAUCUCCCCAUAAGCACUGCUCUGCACUAUUUGAUUAUCACUUAAAUGGCAGACUAUAUGAGGGCUAAAAGAAUAAAUAUAUGGAUGUGGUCAAUAUUAUCAUAACUCAUUACAUGGUGUAUAAACUACUGAUUAUUUUUGUAAAUACUUUAGACAUGUAAAAUGUUUAUGAUUUGAUUGUGACUUUAGAAAAGAGAAAUUGUUGUACGCGAGAAGAGAAUGAUUGUCCUGAUAUUUUGCAAAUGCGUCUCUUAGAUAUUUAGUUAAACACGUUUAUUAGGGUCAGUGCAAAGCUUUGAAUUCUCUUUACCAAAACUGGCAAGGCUAAUAUUGACUUUGUGUCUAAAAUACAAGAACUUAUUAUCCUUAUGCAGUUGUUACUCCUGGAUACCAAGGUAUCUCCGAGUAAAAUAUAAAAUCAUAGUAGUGUAGCCUAGUCAUAAAUUAGCCUACCAGUAAUGUGGAGCAGUUAUAGCUUACAAGCUAGAGUAGCAUAGUUAAUAUCUUCCUAGCUGUAGUGUGGCGUAAAGUAUAUCUUGCCAGUUAUUUUGGCGUAGUGUUAUAUCGUACCAGUUAUAGAGUACUUGUGUACAAAUGCUCCUUCUUCUCUAGUGCUACUUGAGCAUGGAAUGGGUUGCCUGAGUCAGCCAGGAAAACCAAUGACUUGGCAGAAUUUAAUAAUAAUAAUAAGGCCCUUAACAUUCCUAGGAACAUCCUCGUUGCCUGUCAGAGGGCGGUACUGCUGCAGACCUGCCACAUCACAAGAAAAUUCCUCAGUGGAAAUUGAUAAACGGAAUUUUGAAUUUUGUUUCUCUUUAACGAAACUCGACCCUGCCAGCGCCAGAGAAUAACUACUCGUUCGUUUCUGACAUAAUAAUAAUAAUAAUAAGGUUUGUCUUCGAGUCCGAAGAUUAACGAGGAAUGCAGUAUUUCCCGUGGUUACAUAUUUUGCCACAUCCAGGGCAAACAUAACUAUUGUCCACCGAAUGUAGAUUAAGAUUAAGAUUUUCUUUUCGCCGUCUACGUCUGUCCUCGGCAGCGGAUUGUCUUUUGGUCUCAAGUGUGUAUUUAGCGGCCUUUGUAAGUGACCUCCAGCUGGCAGAAUUUAAGUCAUUGGUUAACAUGCAUGACUGGAUUGAUCUAGGAACAUGCGUAGGACGUAAUCAUCUUCUUUUUUGAAGUAACGUCUGUAUCUUAUAAGAUAAGAAGAUAAAUAAACAUGUUAUACUUGUGGAGCUAGUUUGACGUGAAGUUAGAGUAAUUAUUUGAUAUGUGUGAAAUAUCGAAUUGUAGAUUUUGUCUUAAAUUUUGUGGAUAACUUUUUGCGUUGUCUAUUUUUGAUGUCAUUGUUACUUUGAAGUAAACUUAAAAAAAUCAGCAGACGUCAAUAUCUUCACCUGUAAAUUUGUAGCGAUAAAACCAAUCUAUCAGCAGAAGCUACAUAAAAAAGGCCUACUUUUUGUUGAAACAGUUCAGAACAAAGUGCCCAUUGUUUCUAAAAGUGUUGUGACUUGAACUGAAUCCAAUUUCUUCUCUAUUGUACACGGUGGCUAUUGUGAAUUGUUUAUAUUGUCUUAUGUAGCCAGGCUGUCAGUCGAUCUAAAAUAUACCAGUAAUAAACAAAGUACUUAUUACAGCCUGAGGUAUUAAUGCGCAUACCUGAUGUAUUAAUGCGCAUACUAGUAGGCGCUAAUGAUACAUUGACAACUGAUUCGACUCACAGUGCAUGGCACUCAGAGAUUCCAGGAGCCUCGCAGGAUUCUGCUAUAUUACUGCAUUUUAAAUAUUGUGUGCGUUGUGAAGGCCUCACUGAUUUGAAACAUUUGAAUCAUUCGACUUUUUUUUUCAUUGAGCAUCAUUUAAUGCAUUAUCCGCCUUUUAAUAAAAUAAAGUUGGAUUUUUCA